AAGAAGCGCGAAAGUAGACGUGGAGUCGAUAUCUUCAGUGAAAACCGGAUUUCCAGGCGGAAGUGCCUGGUAGUUCGGAGAAAUCGAUUUCUUUGACACCUAGGAUAUAUCAAAUUGCCGCUCCCUCCCGUGUGAUAAAGAGUGAAGCUCGGGUGCCAAUAACAAGCGAGGAUUCGCUGCCGGUAGUUUGACCCUAAAUCAUCGUGUCGAGUGGCGUGUGCACAAUAUAUUUUUAGCCAGCUCAGAGGGUAGACAAGAAGACCCACGUAUACCGCUGAUCAGAUCGUGGCGGCUAGAACUAUAUCAACCAAUGCCGAUUCCCCGCAAGACCUGCAAAACUGGAGAGUAAUCGCUCCACCCGUGCGUGCAUUGGCUCGGUUGGAGGCAAUGGAGUCAUAAUGCACGGAGUGAUCCGAGCUUGGGAAUCGAACGCGGCAAGGUAGAGGACGAGGUUUCGAGAGGUCAAGGUUUGGACAAAUUAAAGCCGCACGAGUGAUCGUCUUCCUGUUGGCCCGUGCUUUUGUAGAUCUGAUGACUCGGGAGCUUCUCGUUGCAAAUAUAGAUGAGCUCUUUUGUGGAUAAAGCAUUUGGUUGCAUCUCGUUGUGAGAUGACCUGCCAGAGGCCCAGCAGCUGCUAUUGAAGUCAAGGGUGUCGAAGAAGGUCUCCUGAUGCUCAACGGGAAAUUCAUGCUUUGGUAGGGCUGGUUUGAUCUGUGACUACGGAAUCGAUACAUGCCAAUAUGGAAUCGUCAAGGCAGCCUCCAAAUUUACAGGUGAACAUGUACUGGUUUUAUGGAGUUAUGAUCGCGGGGGUUCUAGUCUGGGUAGUCCAACUGAUCAGCGCCGUCAAUCAAAAUAAGCUGAAGCUGAAGCUUCCUCCCGGACCACCGCAAUGGCCUUUCGUGGGAAAUCUCCUGGAUCUGGGCAAGAUGCCGCACCAUGCCAUGACCAGCAUGGCGAAGAAAUACGGAGAUCUCGUCUAUCUGAGGCUCGGAGUCGUGCACGCUGUGGUUGUCUCUUCUCCGGACAUGGCGAAGGAAUUCCUCAAAGUUCAGGAUAGCGUUUUCUCAGGCCGAUCCAGCGGAGUCCAGUCGAAGCUCAUAUUCUACGAUUCUCAAGGUUUGAUCCUUUCUGUGGGAGAUCACUGGCGAUUAAUGCGAAAGGUGACCACUUUGGAGCUCUUCAGCACAAAACGAGUCAAGGAGGGAGAGCCGAUUCGCCGAGAAGAGCUUCUGAUUGCGAUAUCAGAUCUACUGGAGAAAGGCAAUGCCAAGGAGACGGUGAAAAUGGAUCCUUUUCUGUUCGGAUUGGCCAUCAACAACAUCACUCGGCUACUUUUCAACGAGACAUACUACGGUACUAAGGUUACAGGUGCACCCCAGGAUUGCAAAACUCUCCAAGACCUCAUCACGGCCAAUUACGAUGCAGGAUUCCUCGUUAUACGGGAUUUCAUUCCCUGGUUAGGACCCCUGGAUCUGGGUGGAACUGAGGCCAAAAUGAAGAAAAACGGACGAGGUUUUGACGCUUUUUUUUCCAAGAAAAUGGACGAACACCGUGCCCAGGGCUUAAAAGGUCGGAAUGGAUUACCUGCACUGGUAGAUGUGCUGCUUCAACUGCAGCAGGACGGUGAGGGUCCCUCCGAGCCGGCAAUAAAGGGUCUCCUAAUGGAUAUACUUCUUGCUGGCAGCGAAACUGCUGCAAGUGUGGAAACGUGGGCAUUAACAGAGCUCAUGAGGCAUCCCGAAGCUCGACAAAAGCUGUUGACGGAGUUGGAUACCGUUGUAGGAAGGGACAGGUUAGUGGAAGAAGCCGAUUUGGUGAACCUCAAGUAUCUGCAGGCUGUGGUGAAGGAGACUUUCCGUCUGCAUCCGGCGUUGCCCUUUCUAGUACCACACGAAUCCCUGUCCGCCACCAAAGUCGCAGGCUACGACAUUCCUGCGAAGACGAGGGUCUUUGUAAAUAUUUAUCAUAUCGGCCGAGAUCCGAGCCUGUGGAGCGAUCCACUGUCGUUCAAUCCUGACAGGUUUCUCGACAGCCCUAUAGGUGUGAGAGGACAGAAUUUCGAACUUCUUCCCUUCGGAUCCGGUCGAAGAAUUUGUGUGGGCUUGAAUCUAGGCAUGUUACUGAUCGAGCUGAAUCUGGCACAAAUUUUGCACACAUGCGAACUGUCUCUUCCACCUGGCGUCAAGCCUGAAGACGUAGAUAUCGAAGAAAAGUUCGGUGAACAAGUUACUACACCCAAGGCUGUUCCCCUAGAAAUUGUUGCGGCGCCUCGCUUACCAUCGCGUGUGUACAAGGAAGCUGGCAUGGUGUUCUAAGUUUCGGUCGUGACUGAUUUUUUUCCCCUCUGCUCAGUUGGAUUUAGCCGGCUAGAAGCAUGACCCGAACUUGUCCGAGAGCCGUGGAGCUUAAAUCGGCCAAUGUUGUUGAGCUGUCCUAAACUACGCUUCUUAACCUCGAGGAUCCGUGUACAUAAAUUGAAACUGAUCAAUUAAAGACCUGAUUACAGGUCUCUCUUUCAUGGUAUUGACAGCAGCAGCUGCAGCUGGUGAGCUCACUGUACUGUCUUGAACUGUCCUGCACUGCAUAGUUAUCGAAAUAAGCUGUCAAUCGUUCAAUCGAAAUAAGCUGUCUCCAUCAUAGCAGGGUGGUAAUGUUUACCAAGUCCAGGUCAACGAUUCUAGAAUGCCGCAAUCUACGGAGCUUGGCAGCUUCCUCUUCUUCGUCGUAGUUUCAAGCUUGUCUUAUCUGAGAUUUGAUUCCCAUUUCCGCGAGU